AGAUGCAGCGGAGAGUGGGUACACAGCGGGCCCGGCUAGCCGUGCUUCAGUGCGCAUCCACACACCUCCCGCGAUGGUCAACUACAAACGUAUCGUGUGCGAGGCCGCCGUGCUGGCUGUCGUUAUGGCCGUCGCAGUCGCCGCUCCGGCCGCCGACUGCGCCGAGAGACACUUCGACCAGCGACAGAAUGGCACGGAGAACUAUAGACUCAACAUAGACGGCGUGGUCAUCGCUGUAGCGCCCGCAGAUUCACUGCUCGCGGCAGCUUCCGAUAUCGAUAUAAGCGAUCUACUCGAUUUGGAAGAUUUCGGAGAUUUACCCGUGCACAAGCCAAAACCUCCAAGUUCCGAAACAAAUAAGCCGGAAGGCAUUAAACCUGAGGCGCCAUCUAAGCCAGCAGAGGACUCUCUGAAACCUGCGGAGUCUCCUGCGAAGCCUGCAGAAGCACCCCUGAGCGACGUAACACUCCAAUCAGAAGUUAAGAGUCAGAAAAAAGAUUCAAGCUUAAGGAAACAGGAGAAAGCUCAAAGACUGAAACAGCGGCUGGCCAACAUGUUGAUACCGUUGCUGCGACGGACACGUCAUCACUGAUCAUUGUAAUGUAGUGAUGCUAAUCGAGUUUGCACUGACGAAACAUUUGCAAGAAAACAAAUAAUAGUCGCAAUCUUUCAAAACUGCGGUGAAAACACGAAGCAAAGUUGAAAAUCUCACGUAUACAAGACGAAGACUUAUUAAGUGAUAAAUUAUUUGCAUUUAUUUAUUAGAUUAAGUUAGUUUGUAAUAUCGUAAGAUAAUCUGUUGCGUUGAAAAUAAAUGAUAAUUAUUA